AUGCAUUGCCAUUUUCUCUCUCUGUCUCUGCUGUUCAUUCACGGGUUGGAUGUCGUGCUAUCUGAGGCUAGGAAGCAUGUGAUUAAGAUGAUUCUGAGCCUUAUGAACUAUUAUCAUGACUAUGGAGGGAGGAAGCAGUACGUGGAUUGGGCGAAGAACCAGGGGCAGAACAUUCCAUCUGACGAUGGAUUCUUCACUAACCCUGUUAUCAAGGGCUCCUACAAGAACCAUAUAAAGGCCGUUCUGACGAGGGUGAACACGUUCAUCGGCGUGGCGUACAAGGACGACCCAACGAUCAUGGCGUGGGAGCUGAUGAAUGAGCCCCGUUGCCAGUCCGACGUGACCUAG